CCUUUCUUCAAUGGCGUCCAUCUUUCCUUCUGAUCUGCAAUUUGACUUCAGAGUUCUAAGAAGAACUCAAUUCAAAAUCUCCAAAAAUGGGAAGUUCAUGCUCUCCAUCAUCGUCCUUACCCUCGUCCCUUACUCUCUUCUCUUGCUGGCUGAUCAUUACAUCCAAUACCCUCUGAUUAUGGAUUUCAUCACCAGAGUUCUUCUAUUGGGCACAGAGAAACGCAGAAGCCCUGAACGCACCAAAUUGCUCAGUCAAAUCAAAGAAGACGCCAGAAACAUUGUUACUAUUCAAUUCUUCUUCACAAUUGGGUUUUGUUUCAUCUCCCUGUUCUCCAUAACUUCUACAAUCUAUGUUUCAGCCAUGGCUAGAGCUAAGAAGAACCUAUCCUUCAAGGAGCUUGUUUCGAUGAUUAUAAGAACAUGGAUCCGACCAACGAUCACUCUGUUCUACUUGACUCUUUUGGGUUCUGGUUAUGCCCUUUUGGUUUUGGUUUCCCUGGGUGUUCUUGUGGUGGUUUCUGAUGGUCUUCUUACCUUGCUUGUCCUUUGCAUUUUGACAGCCCUUUUGGGGUUUCUGCUUUCUCAGUACUUGGCUGCAAAUUGGGUACUGGGGUUAGUGAUUUCAGUUGUGGAAGAAGGUUGCUAUGGCUUGGAAGCUCUGGGGAGAGCUGCAGAGAUCAUCAAGGGAAAAAAGCUUCAUUUCCAGGGCUUCAUCAUAAACCUUAUUUUUGCCUUGAUUUGUGGUACCAUUUUAGGGGUUCUUGGUUACAAGUUUAUAACAAGUUUACUGGUAGCAAGGAGAUUGGUGAUCUUGUUGGUUAUAGUGAACAUGCUUUGCCUGGUUAAGAUCUUCUAUUUUAUGGUGUACACUAUGUUCUAUCUCCAUUGUAAGAAAAUCCAUCAAGGAAUGAAAGUACAAUGAGGCA